AUGGAACCUGUCACUCAUGCAUUAGCUAACAGAAGUGCCUCCCUGCUCUCGAGGAGAAGAACAACAAAGUCCCACCAUGGCUGUUUUGUGGAAUAAAUUGUGACAACUGCCGCCAAGAUGAUGAACGACAUCAUAGAGGAACCGGAGAAGGACAUCCUGCUGGAGCCGCAAGUCUUCCCGGGGCCCAGUAAUGGCACCAGACCUAAGACCUCUGACGGAGGCAUCCGGCCGGUGGAGAAAAGAGGACCUUACAUCAUGUCCCGAGUUCCAGCCCUCCACCUCAAACUACAGAAACACAGGGAGAUGGCGAGGAAAGCCCUGAAGAAGAAAGCCCUUUCUCCCGGACCCCCUGUGGUGCAUCAGCCCCGACAAGGAGCCAAGAGGUCGGUGAAGUAUAACAAGGGCUACGCUGCUCUGAGUCAACACGCUGAGGACUCUUUGGUGGCUCUGGACUCGGACAGCGACGAGGAGAUCGAUUUUGAGCAGUACUCCUCGGGAUACUCUUCAGCCGAGGUGCAUCCUGACCUGAGCCGCCAGCUGCUGCAGGACGGAUACCGCCUAGACGAGAUCCCCGAUGACGAGGACCUGGACCUGAUCCCGCCCAAAGCCAUGGGCUCCUCCGUGUGCUGCUGCUCCUCCGAGAGCCCAUCCUGCUGCCUGCAGUGAGGCCGCCGCCGCCGGGACUCAGACCUCUCAAAGGUCCGGCCUCCGGUCUCUGUGGAGCUUCAGAGCCUCUGUAAACCUGCUGUGCUGCCUGAGGCGUUCAGCUCUGAAGCCGGACUCCUGAUCCCACAGGACGACGUUGGGACAGAAGAACAAGCCUUACUCACUGUGACCCCAAAGCUUGAGCGGUUUUUAACCUUUUCUUUUUAUAGAACUUUAUGAAAUGCUUACUAUGCCACAGCACUAAAGGUGGUUAUUCCUUAUCUGGGAUGUGGGGGGGGGGGGUCUUUCCCUCCCUGGUGAACAGGUCUGCUGGAGAACUUCACUCCCCAAAUGAUCAUUUGUACGUCAAGUACUCAGCACGUGUUGCUUUGAAUUCUGAUUUUGUGGGUUCCCCUUCCCUGCAGUGUGUUCUAUAGGUUUUAGUGCAUGUCAACGGUCUGCAGAGGAUAAAGUCCCUGUGUUCACUCUGCCUGAAACACCUCCGUUGGACUCCUUUGUUUACUUACGUAACAUAGUGACAUCCUUAUGGAAAGACUCAAGCUCCCAUUGGCUAGCGAUCCAACACAUUGUGAGUGGCAGGCUAAGGGGGCGGGACAUCUCUGAGCAGGUUGACCAAUCACAACUACUUCACUUCACUUCAAUUUAUCCCGAAUUGUUGUUCAACACGGAGGAUUGUAAAUAAAGCAAAGCGUCUUUCAGGAAUUCAAGGCGACACAGGGAAAGUAAUUGAUGAACAAAAGAUCAUUUUGGGAGUGUUUCCUUCUGAGAACAACAUGCAUUGUGUUUUAAUGUUCAUCAUGAAGGUUCCCCGACUGUUGUUGCUUUAACUCAAUGCUUCUGUCCUUAACAAAUACAUCAAACUGUUCCUCUGAGACGAUACGGACACUAUGCGGGGUUAAAAGGACACCUGAUCCAACACAAACACAGACUUAAAUGUGCUUUUUAACAGGAAGCAGAGCACUCCUUAACCACAGGAUGGAUUCAGUGGAGACACUUCUAUCCUUUUUAUCACAGAAUUGUUGAAAUUAUUCCAGAAUCUCAAACACCUGAUAAAUCAGAAGUUUGACCCAGGAUUAGAGGAUAUACUUCUUAUUAUAAAUGAUAAUACAAGCUCUUACCAAAUGUUACACAGAGGAGUUACUGAGCGCUGAUGGAUGGACCAAUGAUUUAUGAUCGCUGUAUUGUAGAAAAACAACUCAUUCCCGACACUAAAACUCUCCAUUUAUUAACAACAGCUGUUACUGUGAGAUUGAAGGCAAAAUGUACUCAUACAGAGUCCCGUAUAAGCCAUUUUACACAUUCAGUUUCUGAGUCUUUGUUUAAUUUACAUGUUUUAUUUUGAACAAAUUGGGUUGAAAGUAAUAAUAAAAAAAAUAGGUUUCAUUUUUUUAUUAUUAUUAUAAUUCAUUGGAAACACAAUAUUUGUUUAAAAUAGAUUAAAUUAAAAAAACUUUUGGUUAGAAGGAAUAAAAAAUGGGUUUGACAGUUUUAUUAUUAAUAUUAUUAUUAAUUGAAAGCAAGAUAUUUGUGUUUUGGUGGGACACGGACACGUCUAAAUUCCCCUAUUUUUAAAAAACAUUGGGUUUGAUAGAAGAAUUAAAAAAACACAUUAUUAAUUGAUUGGAAACAAAACACGUGUUUAUAUUUAGACAUGGACGUGUUUCAAGAUUAAAUUCCCCUUUUUUUAAAACAAAUUGGGUUGGAAGGAAUAAAAACAAUAGGUGUUUAAUUAUAAUAUUAACUGAAAGCAAGAUAUUUGUGUUUUUGACGAGACAUGGACACAUUUAGACUCCCCAAUUUAAAAAUGUUUGGCUUUGAUAGAAGAAUAAAACAAAAUGUAUUAUUAUUAUUAUUGUUGUUGUUAUUGUUGUUGUUAUUAUUGUUAUUGUUAUUAUUAUUAUUAUUAUUGUUGUUAUUAUUGUUGUUAUUGUUGUUAUUGUUGUUGUUGUUAUUGUUGUUGUUGUUAUUGAUUUUAUUUUUUAUUUGGAUUUAUAGCAUUUGGGACUUUUACCCUAUUUUUGGAUCACAUCAUGCAGGACUACAGAUUUGAGUUACUCUAUUUUAUUUAUUUAUUUAUAGCUUCAAACAGUAAAUCACAUUUGCAGAACAACGUGCUGUUUGUUUCCUCGUGUUGCUUUGUAAACACGUCACUUUAAAUGUUUGUAUUCUUCUUGUUGUCUCUACAUUAUAGACAUGGAUUUGCUCAGAAAUGUUGACCGUUAUUAUUUGAUGUUUCCACUUUAAAAGCGUUACUCAUGGUCACCAUUGCGAUUACUUCAUAAACUGCAUAAACAACAACGAACCAACAUCAGAGCGAAAGACCGCGAUCGUUUUCCUAAGAGGUGUGUGUAACUAGAAAGACAAUUGCCCUUCACACACAUUUGAAAAUACAGCAGACUGUUGGCCGCCGUGCGGGGCUGGAGGACUGGAGACGUGUCCAUUUUCUGCUAUAAAAAGAUAGAAAAAUGGGGAUUAAAACAAACUCUGUAAAAAAUGGACUUCAUUUCCAUUAUUGUGUCCACUCCCUCCUUUGUUUGGUCAUUUAGAUUAUACGGGGGGGGGGGGGGUAAAUGCUUACAUGUAUUAAUGUAAAGUGCGUCGACUCCUUGACUCCCUGACUCCCUGACUCCUUGACUCCUUGACUCCUUGACUCCUUGACUCCCUGACUCCCUGACUCCCUGACUCCCUGAACCUUGCACUCCUCACCUGUGGUCAGCAAACACCUGACUCACCUGUGCUAUGCAACUAACGGACAAUCCGCUCCCUGACUGCGUGGCUGAGAGGCGAAUGCGCUGGUUGUUGUUUGAUGGUCACCUUUUUUAUUUGACUGUUAGUGUUUCCAUUAUUAAACGUAUCCACACCU